UCAUUGAUUGCAGCCGCGUCACUGUCUUACGGCACACCUCCCCUCUACCACUCUGUUUCUUUCAAGGCCGAGUAGGACUAGAGUGGGCAAGCGGCAGACGUGUGGAUCGUACCGACUACCGGCGAGAUGGAGUUGACCGGCGGAGACAGCGGCUGUGCUCGCGGCGGGCUCGUCUGCGUGACCGGCGGCAGCGGUUUCAUCGGCUCCUGGCUCGUCCGCCUCCUCCUCGACCGCGGCUACACCGUCCACGCGACCGUCCAGAACCUCCAGGACGAGGGCGAGACGAAGCACCUGCAGGCUCUGGACGGCGCGGACACGCGCCUCCGGCUGUUCCAGAUGGACCUCCUCGACCCCGCGUCCGUCAGGCCGGCGGUCGAGGGCGUCCACGGCGUCUUCCACCUGGCCUCCCCCGUGAUACUGCAGCCCGCACGAGACCCCGAGAACGAGCUGCUGCUGCCGGCGGUCAACGGCACGCUCAACGUCCUCCGCGCCGCCAAAGACAGCGGCAUAAAGCGUGUCGUGCUGGUGUCGUCGCAGACGGCCAUGUGUCCGAGUCCCGACUGGCCUGCCGGCAAGGUCAUAGAUGAAGACUCCUGGGCCGACGCUGAGAUCCUCAAGAAACUUGAGCUUUGGUACAACGUAUCUAAGACGCUGGCAGAGAAGGCUGCGUGGGACUUCGCCGGAGAGGAAGGACUGCAGCUGGCUGUGCUGAAUCCGGCGCUGGUGCUUGGCCCAACGUUGACCCCAGCAGCUACUCCCAGUCUCCGUCUGCUGAUGCUGCUUCUGGGAGGCGAAAGGCUUGACAUGGACCUCUUCUUCAUUGGCUGCGUCGAUGUCAGAGAUGUGGCACAAUCUCUGGUAGUGCUCUAUGAGAACACGUCAGCGCAGGGACGUCACUUGUGCUUGGAGUCCGCCGCACGGCUCAUCGAUUUCCACGAUCAACUUGCUAAUCUUUACCCCGAAUUCCCGGUUCAGAGGAUCCAGGAGGACAAACAGGGCUGGUUGGUGAGAUCGAAGGCUCCGUCCAAGAAAUUGAUCGAUCUGGGUGUUCAUUUCACCCCAUUCGACAAAACUGUCAGUGACACGGUGGAUUGCUUAAGGAGCAAAGGGGAAAUCUAGCCUGUGACUGUGAACAAAUAUACAUUUUGUGUAUGCCAGGUUUGAAGACUGUUGCGGGAAAGUUUUUCUGCUGUAUGAGAACUGCCGUCCUGCACGUAACCAUGAUCAAUAAUGCAUGUUUUCCAUUUCA